AUGUCUGUGUGUAGUCUUCCAACUUGGCCCAACUGUAUUUUCUUCGGUGACUCAAUAACGCAGCGAGGAUUCGAUGAAGAAGGAUGCUAUCUCAGCGUUCUAGCCUCUCGAUUUCAACGACGAGCAGAUAUCGUGGGUCGAGGGUUUUCUGGGUAUAAUACACGCCUCUGUCUCCCAGUUCUAAAAAUUCUCUUCCCCAAACCGGAGUGUCUGCAAAACACGAGUGCCUUCUUUAUCUUCCUCGGUGCCAACGAUGCCAGUUUUGAGUCACAGAAAGUAGAACUUCCUGAAUACAGGAGUAAUCUUUCUCUCAUGAUUACCCAUCUUACUGAAAUGGAAUUGGACCGGUCGAAAAUAUUCAUAAUUACCCCACCUCCAGUGGAUGAAAUUGGACAAGAGCCCAAUCACUUGACUCCAGAACAACCCAUUACUAGGACUUUUGAAAACACGAAAAAUUACGCGAAUGCUUGUGUAGAGGUCGCGAAAUCGGAUGGUGUGACUUGUGUAAAUUUGUUCGAGGCGAUGGCGGCGCAGAAGAACUGGAAAGAUUUCCUCAUAGACGGUCUUCACUUUGCAAAGCCCGGAGGAGUAUUUUGCGCCGAAAUUCUGGGUACCCUAUUGGACUCGAUUUUGCCAUCAAAACAAAAUUUCCCUGAUUGGAAGUAUGCUCUGGAGCUGGAUCUGUGCAAACCUUUUCCUCUUCACUAG